AUGCCAGUGGAUGAGGAAAUCGAUCUUUACGAGGUCCUCGAGAUCGAAAAGGGCGCGAGCAAAAUCGAGAUCAAGAAAGCAUACCACAAGGCCGCGUUAGCACAUCACCCCGACAAGGUCGCAGAAGAAGACCGUGCAGAAGCCGAGGUGCGCUUCAAGGCCGCGAAACAAGCCUACGAAAUCCUCUCCGACGAUGACAAGCGACAUCUGUAUGAUACCCAUGGCAUGUCCGCCUUUGACCCCUCCAAGGGCGGCAUGGGAGGCGAGGGCCCCGACAUGGACGACAUCUUUGCGCAGAUGUUCGGCGGCAUGGGUGGAUUUGGCGGAAUGCCAGGCAUGGGUGGCAUGGGCGGCAUGCCCGGUGGACGAAACGUGCCACGGAAGGGACGCCCAGUAGAGCAAGAGUACGAGGUCAGCUUGGAAGAGCUGUACAAGGGCAAGACGACAAAGUUCUCAAACACAAAGAACAUCAUCUGUAACCUGUGCGAGGGCAGCGGUGGAAAGAAGGGCGCAAAGGCAAAUUCUUGUGCUUCCUGUGGCGGGCGGGGUGCUAAGCAAGUCCUCCGCCAGGUCGGUCCUGGCCUCGUCACCCAGGAAACUGUUCCUUGCGGUAACUGCCAAGGCUCUGGCCAAGUCAUCCCAGAGAAGCAGCGUUGUAAGAAGUGCAAGGGCAAGAAGGUCGUCGAGACCAAGAACGUGCUCGAACUCUACAUUCCCCGCGGUGCGCGACAAGGCGAGCGCAUUGUACUUGCAGGAGAGGCAGAUCAACUACCCGACCAGGAGCCAGGCGAUAUCAUCUUCACGCUCACCGAGACGCCACACGAUGUCUUCGAACGCGCAGGCGCUGAUCUGAGGGCCGAGUUGAAGGUUAGCUUAGUGGAGGCACUAACAGGCUUCAAUCGCGUGGUCAUCACUCAUCUCGAUGGACGUGGUCUUAAGCUCAACGUGCAACAACCAAACGGCAACGUCUUGCGACCAGGACAGAUCCUCAAGAUCGAAGGAGAGGGUAUGCCCAUGAAGCGCAGCGACGCGAGAGGUGAUCUCUACCUAGUAGUUGAUGUCGAGUUCCCAGAGGAUGGAUGGUUGAAGAACGACGCCGCAGUACAGAAGCUCCGUGACGCACUACCCAAGGAUGAAAAGAGCGAGAAGAAGCAUGAAGAAGAGGAGGAAGUAGACGUUGAGUGGGAUGCUGACAUGGAAGAGUACGGUGCUGGUAGCGGCGACCCACGUGCUGGAGGCGCCGAGUGGGAAGACGAUGAUGAGGAGGCAGAGGGCCCUCAGUGUGCGACACAGUAA